UAUAAACCGUAGUAGUGCCUUUGCCAUCGCUGUCGAUAAGCAAUAUCUCCAUUGGCGGCUGGUCAAGGCCCUGACUUGCUCCAGUUACCCACAAAUUGCCAAAGUCCAAGCUGGCGGGGAACAUCAGCCACAGCCACAGCAGAAGCCAUUGCCUUUGCCAUUUCCCAUUUGCCAUUUGCUAUUUACUGCCUACCCCAGCGUAAACAGAGCGAUAUGGAUAAUGGAUAUAGCUUACAUACAUACAUAUGUAUAUUGUGUGCAUAGGAACUCCUACAUUGCAUUUCACACAUUAUCGCCAUUCCUGUGACAUCCACUUUUAUUUAUAUGUGUACCGGGUGCUUUGGCAUUUGUUUGGCUCUGGCUCCCCCCUUUUGGCUUAUCUUAUCGGGAGUGUCGGAGUGGCUAACACUGCGACUGCGACUGUGACUGCGACUGUGACUGGGUGACAAUUAAAAGUGCGAUAAGCGGCCAGAGAAUUCCAACCGCUCGCCCCAGCCAGUCAGUUGAAAUUGGAGCUGCCUGCGAAUUAUCCACAAUCCACUAUCCAUGACCGACUGAUACUGCCGCUGUAAAUACAACGUCAUCGCAACAAAAACAAAAACAAAAACCAAAAAGGAAGCUUAUUGACCAAGUUAACAGUCAUCAUUGGCAGAAGAAGCCGAAGAAGUGUUGCUGCCGGAUUAACAAUUUCGGUUGCUCUUCUAUUGCAACUUCUUUUGCGGGAACAACACUUGGCGGAAAUCGGCACUUGACAAACGGAAGAGCAUUCAUAGUUUUAUAACUACAAGUGCCCACUAUAGCCGUCUUGCCCACUAUCUUCACUCAAAUUCAAUGGUCAUCAACUAAUUAUACCAGCACAGUUCUCCCGCUGACGUCACUGGCCACGACCAAAGGAGGUGCAGAAGGAGGAGGGUCAGCUGCCGCUGCCACUGCCGCCGCCUUGGGGGCGCAUACCGAUAAACCCAACCAAGUGCAGCCAAUCGAGCAGAAGCUGGGCAGUUGAAGGGACCGCGAUAAGCGGACCGAGCGAAGCGAUCCCAGCAUCAUGCAGACGACGACGACGACGACAAAUCAGCGGCCAGUAACGCCUGGCACUCCAGACUCGGCGCAUAUCGUGAUCGGCGCCGCGGGACUUGUGGCACACGAGAGACGCCAGCCCGGAAAGAGCCUGAUGAAUUGCUUCCGCGACCGUUCCACGACCUCGUCGUCAUCGUCAUCGUCGCAGCAGGCCCAGCACGCCUACGUGCGUGGCCACAGCGUCACCUCGGGCACUCUGUUCCGGCUGGAGGGCACUGGCGGCUCCAACAGCGCCUUGGACAAGGCGGGCAGGCAGCAGGAUGCUGGUCGUCCCGAGGCGGUUGUCCUGCUGCGCGAACUGAAGACCAAACCCAACAAGCUGGCGCUGCUCAAGAGCAACAGCACCCGAGAUCUGACCCGCCUCUUCCUGGACGAUGCCACCAACACGGCCGUGUUGGUGUCCAACACCAGUCUGGAUGUCUGCUCCUCGAACUCCAGCUCCGCCGGCAGUCCGGCGGUGGCCAGGUCCAGGCUGGAGUGCUGCAGCAGCUGCGCGAGGCGUUGGCAUGACCUCAAGCAGCGUGUGCACACGCUGGAGCAGGAUCUGCUGGUCCAGACCACCUACGGCCAGGAGUUGGAGCAGAGAGUGGGCGAAAUGAGUCGCCAACUGGGGGAGCUACUGCAGGAACGAGACCGGGACAGGGACAGGGACAAGGAAAAGCAGCGCUCCACAGGAGGUUCGGGAUCGGGAUCGAAGCGUCAUCCCCAUCCCACAGGCAGUCCCAAUGUACGACCCUCACGGCUGGUGGCCUGGAUGAAUCUGUCCAACUGGUUCAAGAGCCGGCCCAGCGUGGAGACGCUGCGCGAACAGCGCAUCUUCUUCGACGAGCCCUGCUUCGACACGGAACUGGAGCUGGUAAUGAAGCACGACCAGCAGCGCACUGUGCCCCGGAUCGUCGUGGACUGCUGCGAUCUCAUCGAGCAGAAGUACCGCCGCUCCACGCAGCCCAUUGAGGGCAUCUACCGGCAGUGCGGCGACUAUAACAAGAUCCAAACGCUGCGCUUCAGCAUCGAUGCCAACGACUAUGACGCACUGCGUCAGCCGGAUGUGGAUAUACACACGCUGACCGGGGUGCUGAAGCUCUUCCUGCGCGAAAUCAAGAGUCCGCUGGUCAGUGUCAACGAGGCCAAGACCUUCAUUGGAUCGCCCAAUCAGUGGUUGCUGACCGAUCUUUCCGUGAAGCUGGACACCCUGAAAAGACUGAUACGCUCGCUGCCCGAGAGCAAUCGCGACACCAUGGACUAUAUCUUUGGGCACUUUAAUCGAUUAACCAAGGUGCCGCUGCAGCAGAUCAGCGCGGAGACGCUGUCCAUAUCGGUGACGCCCUCGAUCUUCCACACGGUGCCGCAGGGCGUCCACAUGCAGGACAUCCAGCAGCUGCUGCGCGAGGGCGAAACUCUGGCCGACUGCGUCAAGCUGAUGAUCGAGUACCAGGGGCGGAUAUUCGAAUGCACCGCCGAUCGCCGCCAGCGCCGUCUGAGCAUGCGCAACCUGAAGAAGACUCUGUCGCAGCCGGACCUGCUCUUCCACAAUCUAUUUUGAUGUGAUCUAAUCUAUACCGAUUUGACCCGAUGAAAUGGACCCACGGACUGCCCUUUUUGAUCCUUCAUGCCAGAGAGAGCACUGUACAUAUUGAAUGACUUUAGGCGCUUAAGUUUAAUAACCCACAUACAGGGAUGUUAACCAUAUUCUAAAUGCUUUUUGUAUAUCUUAACUUUUGUAGUUAUGUUAAAUAAAUUGAUAGGUUUUUACC